AUGCUGGGAAGAUUGGAGAUGGACGUUGACGAAUGCAUUGACACUUAUCGUCAACUGAUGAAGUCCGUAUUCAGCGAGAAGGCCAGCAACCUGCCUUUCGACUGGGCGGGAAAUAUCCAGGCACAGUACGACUCCAACAAGCUGCGAACCACCAUAGAAGAAGUCAUUAUUCGCGGCGGUGCAUCGCCGCAGGACCUUUUGAAUGAUGGGGAAGUUCGUCGCUGCCGGGUCUUUGUCUGUGCCACGGCUAAAGAGACUUUGGAAAUUACGCGCCUACGAAGCUAUGGUGCCCCAGAUGAAAACACGCCCACUCCGACGAUUUGCGAGGCUGCACUGGCAACUUCGGCGGCCACUGGGUACUUUGAGCCGGUGUUUCUUGGAGACCGGCAAUUCGUCGAUGGCGCAUUUGGAGCCAAUAACCCCAUCGAUGAAAUGGAAGAAGAGGCCUGCGAUAUAUGGUGUCCUUCAAACGGCAAUCUCAGGGUACUGGUCAAAUGUCUCCUGUCAAUUGGUACAGGAAAUGCCGGCAAACGCGCCAUAGAUGACAACAUCAUCAAGUUUCUGUCGAAAACCCUGGUCAGAAUGGCAACGAAACCAGAAGGCGCCGAGAGAAAAUUCAUGGCUCGUUGGAGGAAGGAAUGUAAGGAAGGACGGUGCUUCCGCUUCAAUGUCGAGCAGGGAAUGCAAGAUGUUCGAAUGUCUGAUUAUCAGAAACGGAGCCUGAUCGAGACGGCAACUCAGGGAUACCUCCAUCACCCGAGGCAAAAGGCUCAGAUCCAGGAAUGCAUCCAGAAUCUCGCUGCAAAACAAGGAAAUACUAGCCUCGAUUUUGCGGCUAGCGUACAGGAGUUCACUAUACGCUCCAUUCGUCUGCAAAGCCAAAAAAAUCUCAAAGCACAGCGAAACCCGUUCUUGUGCCCCCGACCCCCUCGCUGGAUGGUUCCUUUCGAGCGAAAUCCGUGUUAUGUCAACCGGGACACCUUUGAGGAAGUUAAAAAAGGAUUUUUCAACCUCGAAUCGGCGCCAAGAAGGGCGAUAUAUGGCCUCGGUGGUGUAGGCAAAACCCAAAUCGCGAUCGAAUUGGCGUAUCAAAUACGGGAACAGUUCACCGACUGCUCAGUUUUCUGGGUUCCUGCGAUGAGUCGUGAAAGCAUCCAGCAGGCAUAUUUGAGAAUUGCAGAUCAACUGGAUAUACAAGGUUUUGACCAAGAGAAGGAUGAUGUGACAAAGCUGGUUAAGACACGGCUCGAACAAUGGGACACUGGCCGUUGGCUUCUCAUCUUCGACAACUCCGAUGACAUCGACACGUGGAAUCAAGAUACGAGUGAUCCAGCUCUACCCGGUUUGUCUCGGGACUCGCUGCCACAGACCUCAUUGGGAGCCACUCUGUUCACCACGAGAAGUCUCAAGGUCGCACGUUAUCUGGCCCAGACCCACGUCAUCGAGAUACCUGAAAUGGAGGAAUCAAGUGCAACGGAUGUACUGCGAAAUUCAUUAGUCAACAAGGAUCUGUUGAUCGACCAGCCAAGCACAAGGAAACUCCUGCAACGUCUAACCUACCUCCCACUUGCCAUUGCACAGGCCGCAGCUUUCAUCAACGAAAAUGACACGGACAUUUCAAGCUACAUAUCCUUACUUGAUGGACAGGAGCAAGAUGUCAUCGAUCUCUUAAGUGAAGAGUUCGAAGACAAGGGCAGAUACAGGAGCAGCAGAAACCCUAUAGCGACUACCUGGCUGACCUCAUUCGCCCAUAUCCAGAAGCAACACCCGCUUGCUGCGGAGUAUUUGUCAUUUAUGGCGUGCAUUGAUUUCCGAAAUAUCCCGAUAUCUCUCCUCCCAUCCCCAAGCCCAGUCCAACAGGAAAAAGCAAUAGGCGUUCUGCAAGCUUAUUCAUUCAUACGUCUCCGGUCCGAUCGUCAGUCUCUUGAUCUACAUCGUCUUGUUCAUCUCGCAAUGCGAAACUCUCUACGUUCGAAUGCAACCUUGCAUCAAUGGGAGCAGAACGUACUCCAGCAACUGUAUGAGAAGUUUCCCAUGAGCGAUAUAUAUUAUCGCGGUAUAUGGCAAGCGUAUUUACCUCACACAUUUGUCAUUCUUGACGCAACAUCCUCGGACGGAUACACAACGACGAGAUGCAGAAUAAUGGUCCAAGCAUCCACUGCUUUGAAACAGGAUGGAAGGUUAAAGGAGGCGGAGAAAGUUACCCUCCAGUUGAUCAAACAGACUGAGAAGGCCAAAGGCACUGAUCAUCCCGAAUUACUCAACUGUUUGUGCUUCUUAGCGCAUCUUUAUCAGUUGCACGGUCGCGUGGAAGAGGCCAAAGAUAUACUGACGGAAACUUUACGCAGUCAGGUCAAAGUACUUGAGAGUGACCAUACUGAUAUCUUCAGUAGCAUGUCUUAUCUGGCCGCGAUUCACUGUCGUUUGGGAAACCAAAAUAUUGCGGAAUGGCUAUCUAACUUUACCAUCAGAGGACAACUCAAGCUGUUUGGACCGAUGGCAUGCUGCACAUUGGCAUCUAUUAAUACCAUGGUGUCAACUUACUUAGCCCAGGGUCGACUCCCGUUAGCAGCGAGGCUGUGUAUGCAGAGUGCGGCUAUGGUUAAAAAGAUGUGUGGGCCCGAGCAUCCUGAUACCGUGUCAAGUGAGGCGUUACUUGCGUCCAUAUACGCGCGACAGGGCCGGUGGAAGGAUGCAGAGAAAAUGACCAUUCAAGCUGUGGAACGAGACAGAAGACUCCUGGGGCCGGAGCACCCGGCCACAAUGGGUGUCAUGUUCUAUCUAGCCUCUCUUCAGCAAAGUCAGGGGCGAGAUGCAGAAGCGGUUGCAUUGAUAGCCGAGUGUGCUCAGCUGUAUGAACGCGUGUUUGGCCCGGACAGCGUGUUAACCAAAGAAGCACUUCACUAUUUGGAGGAAUGGCAACACAAGUGA